AUGCUGUGGGUUGAUAAGUACCGCCCUCGGACGCUAGAUGACUUGAUCAUCCACCAGGAUAUUGGCGAAAGUCUUAAAAAGCUGGUCACUACAGGCGAUUGUCCCCAUCUCCUUUUUUAUGGACCACCUGGGGCUGGCAAGAAGACUCUGAUCCUUGGCCUUUUGCGAGAAAUAUAUGGAACAGCUGUCGAGAAGAUCAAAGUUGAGACGAAGCCAUGGAAGAUUGAGCUGCCCAGCCGUAAGCUAGAGAUAGAGCUGACCACGGUGCAAAGCAACUACCAUGUGGAGCUGAACCCCAGUGAUGUCGGCAACCAGGACCGCUAUGUGGUGCAGGAAGUCAUCAAAGACAUGUGCAAGAACCGGCCGUUGGAGCUAAAGGGGCAGCGCGGCUACAAGGUGCUGCUGCUGAAUGAGGUGGACAGGUUGUCGCGCGAGGCCCAGCACAGCCUCAGGCGCACCAUGGAGAAGUACUCUGCCACUUGCAGGCUCAUCUUCUCCUGCUCCAAUGUGUCCAAGGUGAUCGACCCCCUGCGCAGCAGAUGCUUGUGUGUGAGAGUGCCAGGCCCGACAGGCUCGGAGAUACAGCACGUCCUGCAGCAUGUAGCGCAGAAGGAGAACGUGCAGCUGCCAGAUGCACUCUGUCAACGCAUUGUCCAGAUGUCUGACCGCAACCUCAGGAGGGCGUUGCUGACUCUUGAGACUUGCCGUGUGACUCAGUACCCCUUCACUGAGGCCCAGUCUGUGCAGCUGCCGGACUGGGAAAUGUACAUCCAGGAGAUAGCGGCAUUCAUUCUGCAGGAGCAAUCGCCCAAGAGGCUGUACGAGGUCAGGGGGAAGCUGUAUGAGCUGCUGGUGAACUGCCUCCCGGCUGAGCUCAUCUUGCGCACUUUAGCUAUGCAGCUCUCUCGCAAACUUGACGACGAACUGCGCCACAAAACCAUCGAGCUCGCCGCCUUCUAUGAGCAUCGCUUGCAGGAGGGCCAGAAGGCCAUCUAUCACUUGGAGGCGUUUGUUGCAAAGUUCAUGAGCGAGUACAAGUCAUGGAGCAUUGCUGUGCUGGGCUAG